GCGUGUGGAUGUUUCUCCUGCGGGGAAGAUGGCGGCGCUGGCGGCUUUGCGCUGCCUUCGGCGGCUGGUGCCUGGCGGGCGCUGCAGAUCCCCCCGGGCCGGCCUGCCCGUUCUCGCGCGUCUCUGCGGCAGCAGCGGCUUCUCCCUGGCUCCGGGGCGCCUCGCGGCCCCCCCCCAGCGCGCUGUCUCCUCCGCCCCGCGCUCCCCCUCUUCCUCCGCCGCCUCCCCCGCGCCGCCGCCCUGGAGUGAGGGCAGCGAGGGCCACGUCUACUUGAGCCGCAGCUGCGUGCAGAGGCUGCUGGAGAUCACAGAAGGGUCUGAGUUCCUCCGUCUGCAGGUGGAGGGAGGUGGCUGCUCUGGAUUCCAGUACAAGUUUUCUUUGGAUACUGUUAUCAAUCCUGAUGACAGAGUGUUUGAACAAGGUGGUGCCCGUGUGGUUGUGGAUGUGGACAGUCUGGCCUUCGUGAAAGGGUCCAUGGUAGACUUCAGUCAGGAGCUGAUUCGCAGCUCAUUCCAGGUGGUGAGCAACCCACAAGCUGAGAAGGGCUGCUCAUGUGGAACAUCCUUCUCUGUCAAACUCUAGCUGGACUCUUCCCUGGGUUGAUGCUUGGUGAACACUGGGCCACAGAUCCAGCAAACUUGCUGCUUUCCCAUCUUCCCCCAUCCUCCUCAGUCCAUUACACAGUUGCUGCAAACAAUCCCAACUGUUUCAGUCUGAACAGAGCAUGCAGCCAGGCCCCACUGAACUCUCCCUUCAAGAAUGUGAAGUAGACUUCAGUACACACAAGAGAACAUUCUCUGUCCUCUACAAAGUCCUGUGGGCUGGCCAGUGUACCAAGUUGCUGUGGUGCCGAAUCUCCUUAACAACCUCCCUGGCCCACCUUCCCCAGUGUGUGGAACUGCUUGUUUUGCUGGAACUGCUUGUACAUAUAAAUAUUUGUUGAGAGGUUUUGCUUUUAAGAAAUCUUGAAAUUCC